AUGACGACCAUUCACCACAAGCAGAUGCUGCAGGAGCACGUGUCCAUGGAGUUCUCCAGCUCCGCCACCCACGUGCAGACCUUCUCCCAGACAACCAAGAUCGUGGGAGAGGAAGUCACGACAAGGAAAUCCUCAAGCACCGUAGAGUUCUUCAGUUUGGUGACCCGGAGUUCCAACAUCCCUGCGGGCGAGAGCGUUCCCGAGUUCGUGGAGAAGCCUUACCCGGUCACUGCGCCCGAGGGGGAUAAAGCCGUGUUCCGAGCCCGGGUGCAGGGGAACCCCAAACCCAACAUCUCCUGGAAGAGGGAAAGUGGCAUCCCCAUCAAGGAGUCCGCCAAGAUGUUCUACGACAGUAUUAACAAGGAGCACGUGCUGAAGCUGGAGCCGCUGACCUCGGAUGACUCUGACAACUACAAGUGCAUUGCAAGCAAUGACCAUGCAGAUGCCAUCUACACCGUGUCUUUGAUGGUGACAGAGGGUCAAGAUAAAAUAGAUUUCAAAAAGAUGUUGAAGAAGAGGGCUCCCCCUGCUCCCAAGAAGAAGCAGAAGAAAGUGACAGAUGAGAAAGAGAUGCUGGAGAUUUUGUCCAAGGUGCCCAAGAAGGACUUUGAGAAGGUUUGCAUGGAGUAUGGUUUCACCGACUUCCGGGGGCUGCUCAAGAAGCUCAAAUCGAUGAAGAAAGUGGAGGUGGAGACCAUCCGGAUUCUGAAGCCUCUGGAAGAUAUAAAGACCAAGAUUGACACCACCGUGGUCUUUGACUGCAUCAUGGAGCUGAAGGACCCUAAUAUCAAGAUGACAUGGGUCAAGGAUAAUGAACCACUGAGGAUCCAGUACUCCCUGGGAAAGUAUGAUGUGAAACAGAUGGGCACCAAGCAUAUGCUGGUUAUUACCAACGUGAAUAUGAACGAUGCAGGCACCUACAGCCUGUCCGUGGGUGACAAGCGGAUGAGUGCAAAGCUUACAGUGCUGGAUGAGCCAGUGAGGUUCUUAGGAGAAAUGAAGCCAAUGAAGGUGACAGAGCGCCAGACAGCUGUGUUUGAGAUCCGUCUUUCCAAGAAAGUGCCCGACUUUGUGUGGAAGUUCAAUGGGAAAGAGCUGAAGAGGGACGAAAAGUAUGAAAUCACAGUGUCUGAGGAUGGUCUGACCCACACGCUUAAGAUUAAGGAUGCCAGACUCAGUGACAGCGGCGAGUUCUCUGCUGAGGUGGGGGACCUGGUACAGAAGGCCCAGCUCACUAUUGACCGUAUCCCCAUCAAGUUUGUGAGCACCCUCAAGAAUGUACGUGUGAAAGAGAAGAGCCGUGCAUGCCUUGAGUGUGAGCUGACAUCCAAGGAUGUGACACUGUUCUGGAAGAAGGAUGGGAAGCUGCUGGAGCGUGGCACCAAGUACAGCAUGAACCAUGAGGGCAAGCGAGCAGAGCUUAUCAUUGAGGAUGCACAGCUCAGUGAUGGUGGCGAGUACACCGUGGUGGCCAAGCAGAACGGGGACCCCACUGAAUACUACAGUACUGCCAUGGUCACCGUGGAGGAGCGUCUGGCCACGGUGAAGAGCGGGAUGUCCGACGUGCACGCGGCCACCGGGAGCCCGGCUGAGCUGUGCGUAGUGCUGAACGAUGAGAAGGUGGAGGGAGUGUGGCUGAAGGACGGCAAAGAGAUCACCGACUUGCCCGGGGUGCAGAUCGUGAAGCAGGGUGCGGUGCACAAGCUCAUCUUCCCCAGUAUGGGCCCCGAGCACGAGGGCAAGUACACAUUCCGGGCCAAGGGAGCAGAGAGCGAAGCCUCUAUAUUCAUUGCAGAUCCUCCUACCAUCGACCCGUCCAUACUGGAAGCACUGGCUGCACACCCCGUGACCGUGAAGGUGGGCCACACGGCGAACAUCAAGGUGCCAUUCAAGGCAAAACCACUGCCCAAAGUGACAUGGUAUAAGGAUGGCGUGGAGGUGACCGAGGAGGAACGUGUGUCCAUGGAGCGCAGGGAAGACCAGGCCCUGCUCACCAUUUCCAAGUGCGUGCGCGAGGACAGCGGCCUUGUUCUGCUCAAGCUCAAGAAUGACUAUGGCUCAGUCACGGCCACUGUGCACCUCAGCGUGCUGGACCGUCCCAAGCCUCCCCAGGGCCGGGUUGAGUUCCUGGAGCUCUCGGGUAAUUGUGUGCACAUGAAGUGGAAGGCCCCAAAGGACAAUGGUGGGCGUCCUGUGACACAGUUCAUAGUGGAACGGAGGGCAGUUGGCAAGAAGGCCUGGAUUAAAAUAGGUGAAGUGGACAGCAAAGUCACCAAGUUCUCCACCAACAAAGUGGAAGAGGGAAAAGCCUAUCAGUUUCGUAUCCUGGCAGUCAAUUCGGAAGGAGUGAGCGACCCACUGGAGACAGACGAAGUAUUUGCAGGAAAUCCUAUCGAGCCCCCAGGUCUUGCCUCCCAGCCUCAAGUUACUGACGUGACCAAAGAGGCCGUGACCAUCACAUGGAAUGCCCCGACCCAGGAUGGGGGAGCCCCAGUGCUCGGCUACAUUGUGGAGCGGAGGAAGAAAGGCAGUAACCUGUGGGUGCCAGUCAAUAAGGACCCCAUCCAGGACACCAAGUACACCGUGGAUGGUCUUCUGGAGGAUACAGAAUAUGAAUUCCGAGUUAUAGCUGUGAAUAAGUCAGGCCCCGGACAUCCCAGUAUGCCAUCCAACUCAGUGGUGGCCAAAGACCCUGUCAAACCUCCAGGCCUGGUCCAGGGCCUGCAUGUGUCUGAUUCCUCCAACUCAAGCAUCUCCCUGGCCUGGCGGGAACCUGCAGAGGGAGACCCACCCUCCGGCUACAUCCUCGAGAUGCGAGCCGAAGACAGCAAGGAGUGGUCCAAGUGCACAAAGAUUCCCAUCUCAGGCACCUGCUACACGGUGGGAGGCCUCACCGAGAGACAGAAAUACUUCUUCCGAAUCCGAGCUGUGAACGAGGCUGGAGUUGGGGAACCUGUGGAGUUGGACAAGGGAGUCCGUGCCAUGCCACCACCAGCUGCCCCCAAGUUUGACCUCAGUGCCCGGCUGAAGAGUCACAUGGUGGUUCGUGCUGGGACAGCCCUCUUCAUCCAUGCUGCCUUCUCUGGCUCACCACCACCUAACGUGAUCUGGCAGAAAGAUGGCAUCCCCACCAAGGGCAGGGAAACCAUCACGAAGGGCAAAGACCACUCCCAGUUCCUGAUCAACAACACCAAGCGCUCCGACUCCGGGGUGUACCGCAUCUUGCUCCAGAAUGAGUUUGGCGAGGCACACUAUGACAUCCAUGUGCGAGUGGCAGAUUUUCCGCGGCCACCCACAAACCUACGGCUGUUUGAGGAGGUCCCCAACACGGUGACUCUGACCUGGAACCACAGCCCUGAUGUGCAGGACGACGGUGAGGCCCACUACGUCAUCUUGAAACGGGAUGCCAGCACUGCCACCUGGUUCACAGCGGCAGAGCGUGUCUUCAGCAACAAGUACACGGUGACUGGGUUGCUCCCUGGCAGGAAGUACUACUUCCGAGUGGUGGCCCGGAAUGAAGUCGGUGACAGCGACCCGCUCGACUCCAAGAAUACUUGGCUGGUCAACAAGGACAAGAUCGAAGACCUGAGCACCAAGCUGAAGCCAUACCAGCAGAAGGACUGGCGCCACGCACCUCGCUUCAUGACCCCGCUCAAGCCACACACAGUGCUGCGCGGCCAGGACUGCACCAUGACGUGUGCCUUCCUCGGGAACCCGCGGCCCACUGUGACCCUCUACAAAGGCGAUGUCAACAUCACAGCCAACUCCAAGUUCUGGUACAACUCCACCAGUGGUGUGUGCACAAUCGUCAUCCCCACCUGUACACUGAAGGACAGCGGAGAGUACAGUGUGCUGGUGGAGAACGAGCUGGGCAAGGACCGCAGCAGCUGCACACUCACGGUCUACGACAAAGAUGACAAGUCAAUUCUAGCAUCAGUCAUGGAGAGUCUGCAGAAGAAAUCAAAGCACCUUAUGUGAGCUUUGGCGCAGCCCAGGAAUCAGGAGGAUGUUGUGAUGUGGGGCUUCUUGGCCUGUCUACUGCAUGGCUCCAGUGAGGGAAGCCCAGUCUGCUCUCUGGUACUUGUCAGUGUAAACAUGCAGUGAAGGGAUGGGACAAUAAACUGACCAAGCUCACUCUUGCCUGUUCCUGAGGGUGGUGUACAGCAGGGACGAAGGAGGUGGAAAUGAGAGUGGGAUGGGGAUACACGAAACCCAGACCUCCAAGAGCCUGGUCCAAACCAACCCACAUGGGAAGUGACCAGUUCCCUUUUGAGUGGGCCUUGACUCGCCUUCCUCUCCUCCGCAACCACACUGUACUCACCCCUCCUCUCGGGGCAUGGGUGGGCAAGUGUUACCAGAUUCAUCCUCCUCCCCAUCCUGCUCCCUCCCAUUUCUUUAUACCAGGUCGGUCUGUCAUCAGAGUUCUGGUGCUUGAAGGGAUCAGGACCCUGCCUCUUUAGCGUCCAGGGUUCUCACCGCUUGAGAGCUAGAGCAUCUCAGGACUAGAAAGGAUUAGUCAUCCAGCAUCAACUUAUGUUUUGCAGCAGAAUCCUUUGUUUUAAAAAAAUCAUAAGAAGCUACUGGACUUGAAACAAAGGAUAGGGGUCUUUGAGCCUCCCUCCACUACUUAUUAUUUUGCUAUUUUCCACCAGAGAUUUCUGCAAAAAUCCUUGUUUGAAAAUCACUGAUUCAUCCAAUACCCACAUGGGACUUGAGUCUCCUAUCACAUCCUCACAACUGUACAACCUCUCUAAUGGCAUAUUCUAAACCACCCAAGGCUUCCCUUUCAAAUUCUGGGUCAGGGCCCUGCCCAUUAAGAUGCAGAUGUCCCUGAGGUCAGGGUAUGUGUUAUUCUGCCAGAGUUUCACAUAAACAAUAUGAAUCACCAGUCUAAUUCCAUUCCUCCCAGCUAUUCAACUGAGCCCAGAGUCCAAGGAGAGAGGAGAUGCUUGAAGGGGCUCUGGAUCAUUUUGGAGCAGGCAGCAGGUCUGGGAGGAGGUGGGCAGCAGGAGGACUGGGUAACUAAGUGUGUAGGUGAGUGCAUCAAGGACAAAUUUGGAUGGUGGCAAAUAUUACCCAUCCCCCAUCCUCCUGAACUAGAUUCUCACUCAUAUGUGACCAGAGAAGUGAGACCCACUCCAACUAGCACAGUAUUACCAGAGAACCAGGGAUCCAGUCAGGCAUGAAGACGCACUGGCCAAGACUGUGACCCAGGCUGUGAGGACAUCCAGGGCCCCUGGCUCCAUGUCCCCACCCCCUCCUUUCCAGGACAGGCACGUGCCACACAGACAGACAAGUGGGGCCAGACAAGCCAACAGCCCACGGUUUUUAUUUUUUUUCACAUGAGCAGUAAAGGAUGGAGUUGUCCCAUCCUUGUUCCCCUUGCAUUGAAUGUGCCUUGGGUCUUAUGACCCUAGAGUAUCAUUGGAGCCCUCUCUUCUUGCUCCCAGUACAGGAGUGGCAUGAAGGAAAGCACUGAGGGGGAUGUGGGGGCUCCCAGCCCUCUGAGCCAGGCUCAGCACCCCUAGAGCAGCUCCCUGAGGCCUCUCCAUAAGACUUUGACAGCAGAAUGGAGACAGAUGGCAGAGAAAGACAAAGGCUGAGAGACAGAUUGUACACAGACUCACACACACAGACACACAAGCUAGCCCCUUCCUUUGGUAUGGUUCACCCUAGCCCUGGGGUUAGGGUCUGAGGGUAGUGACGUAAGGCCUGAGCUCUGGGCUGGCCUUUGAAAGA